AUGAGCUGCGACGGCGACGACGGAGCGGCAAUACCAACUGACGCACCAUCCGAACAUGUCCUGUCCAUGGAGAUGCUUCUGCUCCUAGCUCCAGAUGCACACACGAUGGACAUGGUGCUUGCAGCAGUGCUCGAGUCCAAGGCAUACCUGGUCGACGUGCUGGCCCGUAACUCGUCUCUGACCAGUGUUAAAGAAUGUCUGGACAAGCCUCAGCACGUGGCGGCGUCAAGGAGACGGAUGGCUCCAGGGGAUAUAGCGACUUGGUUCCUUCCCAAACCAUCGCAUGGCAUUGAAGGGAGUGAGAGCACUCUGCCAGAGUGGAAACCCGACGUGGACAAGUACAAGAAGAAGGUGGCCAAGAUGGAGAAGCGCAUCAAGGCAUUCCAAGCUGAGGUCGAGCGAUUGCAACACGAACUCCACGCAUCCAACGACCGGUGUGCAACCCUGCACAUGGAAUUCGAGCAGUUCAAUCUCGAUGUCCACGAACUGCAAGCUCAAUAUGUCAAAGUUCUUGAAGCCAACCAGCGCAUACUAUGGGAAUACCUACCCCAGCACGACUCGUCCUUGAGCCUCAUCCCGCCUCUAGCCCACGACGUCAUGGAAAGCGUGACCAUCGUGGGCGACUACACAAUCCACGGCACCCUCGGCGAAGGCCAGUACGCAGCCGUGUACGCUUGCAGCCGCAACGCAGUAGCUUCGUCAGCUAGUACUACUAGUACUACUAGUACUGGACUACAACUGCCCCACGCCACCCCGUCGUCGUCGUCGCCAACGGUGGACAACGUUGUUGUAACGUUGGCCCUCAAGGCCAUAAACAAGAGCAAGCUCAACGACAUCACGGCGCUGGUCCGCGUUCACUCGGAGAUCUCUGCCUUGUCCGACCCAGCAUUAAGACAUCCGAGUCUUCUCAGCGUCAAGCAUGUCAUUCACACGUCCAAGUUCAUCUACUUGGUCACGGAGCGCGGCGGCAAGGACUUGUUCGACUUCUUCGGUCCCCAUGACAAGGGAGUGUCGGAAGCUACGGCGCUGCGCAUUGCGUUCAAGAUCGUCGAAGCGGUCAAGCACAUGCAUAUGCAUGGCUAUUGCCACCGCGACUUGAAACCGGAAAACAUAUUAUUUACGCACGACAACUACAUGGUCAAGAUUGUGGACUUUGGGUUGUGUGCCAAGGUGGGCACAACGCCACUGACUGAUUUCUGCGGCAGCCCCGGCUUCUUUGCCCCAGAGAUGCUCUUGCACGACCAAUAUGACGGCCAAAAGGCUGAUGUCUGGAGCAUUGGGUGCAUCUUGCUCGAGGUAGGUCACGAACGUACUAGUAGCUACUAGUAGUAUGUCGCCAUGCUGCUAUAUCUACGUAUAGCAUGGGGUUGUCACGUCGUACCUAGCUCCUCCUUGGCAACACAUUCUUUCUCAAGACGUGGAUGACAGCGUACCACCUCGACGUGUUGGGCGACCGCACACACUUUGACACGUUGCUGCACGAGAACGUGGCGGCGAUGCACAGAGCGGUGGCGGACGCGGCGUACUCUGCCCAUGCCAAGGCGCUGCUCCAGGCCAUGCUGACCGAAGAUGCAGAGAACAGACCGACCAUCUAUGACGUGGCAGAACACCCGUGGUUCGAUGGCCACCGCCGCCGACACUCGGCCAGGCACAAGGACCGCCUCGUCAAGGCCGCGUCCUCCAAGGGCGACAUGGCCGCCGCCGUCCACUCCCCCACGCGCCCCACCUCGGCCGAGCACGUGUCCGUCACGUUGCCGUCAAUAAAGGGCCCAGACAAGCCCCACCGGUAACGCACACUAAUUCAGGGUCAAAUCUACUA